AUGUCCUCAAGCAUACCCAUCAUCACAAAAGCAGCAGAGGCACUCGGACUCGCAGACACAGCAGGCAGCCCACCCGUCUCCAUCCCCCUGGAGUUUGCGCGCAGACGGGCCAGUGUCUCCCAGGCCAAUGCACGGCCCCUCAAGCCCUUCUCCCAUGCAGAUAUCAAGAUCCUGUUGCUGGAGAAUGUCAAUACCAUCGCCAUUGAAGCACUCAAAGCAGAGGGUUACCAGGUCGAGGUCCACAAGGCAUCCCUCCCAGAAGCAGAACUCAUUGAGAAGAUCCGCAACGUCCAUGUCAUUGGCAUCCGCUCAAAGACCAAACUCACAGCAAAAGUGCUGGAUGCUGCUCAAGAGCUCUUUGUGAUUGGAUGCUUCUGCAUCGGCACCAACCAAGUCGACCUCAAGCAUGCCGCUUCCAAAGGUAUCGCCGUCUUCAACUCACCCUUCAGCAACUCCCGCUCUGUUGCUGAACUCGUCAUUGCCGAAAUUGUUGUGCUGGCCAGGCAGCUCGGCGACCGUAGCAAUGAGCUACACAACGGCAUCUGGAACAAAGUGAGCGCAAAGUGCUGGGAGAUCCGUGGCAAGACACUCGGUAUCGUUGGCUAUGGCCAUAUCGGCUCACAACUGUCCGUGCUCGCAGAAGCAAUGGGUAUGACGGUCCUGUACUACGAUGUGGUUCCCAUCAUGGGACUUGGCAUCACAAAACAACUCCCCUCACUCCAUCAACUCCUCAGCAAGUCAGACUUCGUCACCCUCCACGUCCCGGAACUCCCAGAAACCACCAACAUGAUUGGCGCACCAGAGUUUGAAGCCAUGAAGCAAGGCUCUUACCUCAUCAAUGCCUCACGCGGUAGUGUCAUUGAUAUCCCGGCCUUCAUCAAUGCCAGUAAAGCGGGCAAGAUUGCAGGUGGUGCAAUUGAUGUCUUCCCCAAUGAACCAGCAGCCAAUGGACCCUUCUUCAAUAAUGACCUGAACCCCUGGGCCGAAGACUUGCGAUCCCUCAAAAAUGUCAUUCUCUCACCACACAUUGGCGGUAGUACGGAAGAGGCACAGGAGAAGAUUGGUGAAGAAGUAGCUGCCUCGCUUGCCAAAUUCAUCAAUGAAGGCUCAACCGUCGGCGCCGUCAACUUCCCAGAAGUCGCAUUGCGUCAACUCACCUUUGACGAUGCAGACUCGCACGUACGUGUCCUCUUUGUCCAUCACAAUCGAGCAGGUGCCUUGCGUGCCGUCAAUGACAUGUUUGCCUCACACAACAUCAAGGCGCAAUUCUCAGAUUCCGCUGGUCAGGUGGCAUAUCUGAUUGCAGACAUUAGUGAUGUGAGUGAAGAGAGUUUGGCAACACUCAAUGCCAAGCUGGAGGGAUCCGAGUAUAACAUCAGGACGCGUCUCCUUCAGACAUAGACGCUUCUUACAACUUUCUUAGACAGUUGCAGCAUAGAAAUAAAUUUGACGACAACCAACAACUUACAACCUUGAAUGCCGAAACGAAACUCUCUUGCUGCGGCAUUGCAGAGAACGCAAGACGACGUCAAGCGCUUCAAACAAGCAUCCGCCAAGGAAGAAGCAGCCAAGCGAUUCA